AUUGCAGUAUCAAAUACCAUUUGUCAUAUUUGUUUAGACGAUAAAUUGUUUUAAAGAUAAAAUUAAUUUGGCAGGUUAUUUAGAUAAAUCUGCGAGGUCAUCAUGACCGAUGAAGUAAAAUUAGCGCAAAGCGCUAGUGCAGGAGAAGAUACCAUUAUCGGUAAAAUAUUGAGAAAGGAAAUUCCAUGCAAUUUCAUUUAUGAAGAUGAUAAGUGCGCCGCCUUUAAAGAUAUCAACCCUCAAGCCCCGGUGCACUUCCUCGUAGUUCCAAGAAAACCUAUCCAACAGUUGUCGAAGGCAACUGAUGAUGACAGUGACAUACUAGGUCAUCUCAUGUUAGUUGCACGCAAAGUAGCUAAAGAACAAGGCUUAGAUAAUGGAUUUAGACUUGUUGUCAAUGAUGGACGUGAUGGAGCACAAUCGAUUUAUCAUUUGCAUCUCCAUGUAAUGGGAGGACGUCAAAUGCAAUGGCCACCAGGAUAAUAAAAUAAAACAUACUCUUUGUAUGUUUGAUGAAAUAAAUGAAAUAAGAAACUGUUA